AUGCAGCAGCAGGCGAACAGACUCAGAGUGAGAAACCUGCUCGCUGGGAGGACGGAGGGAAACAGCCAUGUCGGCCUCCUGGACUCAGCUCUCCUUCCAGAUCCUCCUGCUUCUCGUCUCCUGCAGACGCAUCAAUGCAAAGACCCCAGGUCUAACUCCAACACCAUUGGUUCCCACGACUCCUCUGCCAACAGAUGUGAGAAGUGUCAUCCUUAAAGGUGAAAGUCACACUGAGAAAAUCGAGCUGUUGAAUCCUGUCGUCCUGUCUCUGGAGUGUACCUGGACCGGCAAUCAGAAGAAAGCCCCAAACGUCACAGGCCACUGGAUGAAGGACGGGGAGGAACUUCAGGAUAGCCGUCUCACAGUGGCGUUGGAGAACGAGCAGUAUAAUCUCAGACGAGUGGUUCGUGUUGUCAAUGAGGAAAGUCUUGGGAAUUACUCAUGCAUGUUUGGAAAUGAAGCUAAAAUUGACUUUAUCUUGGCAGUCCCAAAGAUUGGGGAUGUGAGAGACAAGCCCAUAGUGAGCUACAUAGGUGACACUACAGUGAUCACCUGUAAAAUGGAGGAGACCAAGCCAAAACCCAACACCUGGAACUGGUACAAGGACAAUGGGACAGAUAAGGAGCAGAUCCUCCCUGCUGCAGAUGUUCUUCACUAUGAAAUCAAAGUCAUGGAGUGGAAGACCAAGCUGACGGUGUAUAACCUGUCCAGGGAUGACUCCGGCUUGUAUUACUGUGGUGCGGUGUACGCCAUCGGCACCGCGAUGAGCCACGUGGAGCUAAAGGUCAUCACCAUCAUGGAGCCCCUGAAGCCCUUCAUCGCCAUCCUGACUGAAGUUGUUGUCCUGGUUGCUGCUAUUCUGCUCUAUGAGAAGAGCCAGUCCAAGAAAAACCUCACAACAGAAAAUGAGCUGAAUGAUGACCAGAAGGACACGGCGUCACAAGAAGAGGAGAACAGAUCAGAGGCGAGCGACUCAGUUCGACAGCGCAAAUGAUCUGUCCUGUCUGACAGUUCAAUUGAUUUUGUUGAUCUUUAAAGGAUUAGUACGUUAAAGCAAUAUGCAGUUCUUUAUCAGCUGUAGUCCAUCCUUUUGCACCUAAAAAAGGUUCAGUAACCAGCACUCAGUAAGCAUUUCCAUGGUUUGAAGGUGUCCUUGAGGACAGGAUUUUACUUUGUAUCAGACAGAGACUUGUAACCAAACAAGCGAAGUAUU